GUCCACCAUCCCCAGUUCCCCAUCACAAAUAUCUUCCCAUAAAGAAACCCUAGGUGCUCAUUCCACCGCCAUCGCCUCCGGCGAACUCUCCACCGCCCCCUUUCCUACAUCCCACCACUAUUUUAUAAGCCAGCCCUUCAUCUCAUCUGGAGAUCUGGUUCUACUCAUCCAGGAAAGCCCCAAUCUUUAUCAUAGCAAGGAGGUCAUGUCGGAAUCGGCCCUCGACAAACAUAUAGUGGUGAAAAUUCCCGAUCAUGUUCUGCCAGAUGCUUUCAUAGGAGAAAGUGUUGGUAAAGGUAAAGAAGAUGGAGCAACCGUAGAUAACAUGGACCCGUCCCGCCCUUUUCUAGUUAUCAAGAAGUCUGAUUUGGAUAAGGCUGAUGAGUGGGUUAAAAUAAAAUAUGCUUGGAUGGCCAAGUCCUUAACAAAUGAUAUAAUCAUCCCAGACCCUACCCCUCAGGUGGUGCGGGAUGCCUUCUUUGAUAUAUCUCCCCGCUUGGACUCCGUCUUGAGAAAGGACAGUGUCCGGUGCUUCUUCCGUUUGUUCGCGGAAUGUACUGCGGCCAUGGCAUUUAAGUGUAACAUCACCUCAGAAACCUUAUCCUGCAUUGUCAGGCAUAAUGCCUUGCGAUGUGCGAAAACUGUAUUGGAGGGCAAGGCACCUCAGCUCAGUUGUAUGCAUGCCAAUCCAAACUGCAUUAACCCAUAUGGAAUUUUUCCACUCCAUGAAGCUGCUGAACGGUUCUCUGUUGACAUGAUCAAGUUGCUGUUCUGCCAUGGUGCUUCAGCCAAUUUACACACAGUCAAUGAUGCUGGCAUUCCCGGACUACUCCCGCUCCAUGUUGCAGUUGGAAAUACUUGCUUGCAUAAAUAUCUGGAGGACAAUCUAUCUCCUGUGCAGUAUCAUGAGGAUUAUAUCUACAAGCUCAUUCAUCUGCUGUGUCUACCUGAGAUGAAGGUUUUUUUGGAUACAGUUAGACUGCUUGCUGAAAAAACAGAUAAUCUAGCUGAUGAGCUCUGGAAUUACAUGAAGAAUGACAAGCUUGUAGAAUCCGCAGUUUUACUCCUGGCAGCCCGAAAACAUAUCCGUGAGGGCAAACCUGAUGGGUUCGACAUUAUCGCGCAACGUAUAUAUGAGGACUAUGAUUCCCUAGUGUGUGAUAAAGGUGAUACUGCAGAGGGGCAGAAGCUGCUGGAGGAAAGAAGAGCACUUUUGAAAUGUAAAUGUCUGAUUGUCACUAUAAUUUCGCAAGCUGGUGAGGUUUUGGAUAACUACAUUCAAGCACAUUCAGAGGUGCCCAAUGUGGAGGUCCUUGCGCGUGUUUCAUAUAUUCUUAAGGAAUUCGGGUUUUGCCCUAACGAAGAAUACAUUGACACCAUGAUCCUCUGUCCAUAUAACAAGAUUUCUUACAGCGACAUAGUUCACAAAGAUGUAACCAAGGCUGUUGCACAAAUGUCUACUUCUCUGCCUGCUGCAGAAAAAAAGGCUGCGAGAAAAAAGGCACUUAAAGGAUGGGAUCCAACAUUCAUAAAGAGAAAUUUUUUCCCCUACUGGAGAUCAGUAUUAGGGGCCCAGCUGUCUGUAUCCAAUGGAGCAGCAGAUGAGAAGUCAAUGCUUCAUCGUCCACAGUUCCGUAAUUCAGUAGUGAGUAACGAGUCUUCGAGUCUGAACCAUAAUAUUAGUUUCUUGGGAAGAAUUCAGCAACUGAGUGGUACUCAUGAAUCGAGAAGGUACAGUACUGCUGCAUUCAGAAUGCUCACGAAGGUGCUAAAGACAUGAGCAAAAAGGUGCCUAGUGGCAUGUUGCUGUUGAUAACCAUAGGUCUGCAAAGUAUUAUGCUGCGCACGUCUUUUGCGGACACCUUAAGAAGGUUGCGAAUAUACAUGUGACCACCAAAACCUUGUUCAAAGUGAUGCUAAGUACUUUAAAUUAUGAUGAAAUGCAACAUGCCGUGUGUUGUAUUCGGCUUGAACCCUCGACCCGCGAGAUGUGGACAUGCGUGCCAGCAUGUUGUACUUGUACCAGGUUCAACGUUAGCUUGAACACUGAACAAGUUAAAUGUGUUGCAAAAUGCCAUUUUUCUUUAUCAGCAA